AUGUCUGGCGCAAGACACUGGGAGCAAGACAAAGAGGCCACGGUCUACAUCGGUAACCUGGAUGAGCGGGCUUCCGAUAGCUUGGUAUGGGAGCUCAUGUUGCAAGCUGGGCGCAUUGUGAACGUCCACCUCCCUAAAGACCGAGUCACACAGUCACAUCAAGGGUAUGGUUUCGUGGAGUAUAUCAGUGAGGAGGAUGCGGAGUAUGCCUCGAGAAUUAUGAACGGGAUUCGCCUUUAUGGCAAGCCUAUUCGGGUGAACAAGGCCUCCGCAGAUAAGCAAAAGUCAGUGGAAAUCGGCGCCGAACUCUUUGUCGGAAACCUCGAUCCCAUGGUUUCGGAACAAGUACUGUACGACACGUUCAGUCGCUUUGGCAGCUUAGUCAAUUUGCCCAAGAUUGCUCGGGAUGACAAUAAUCUUUCCAAGGGUUAUGGGUUCGUGUCCUUUGCCGAUUUUGAAUCCUCCGACGCGGCCAUUGCCAAUAUGAACGACCAAUACCUUAUGAACAAGCAAGUUUCCGUACAAUAUGCCUACAAGAAGGAUGGCAAGGGAGAGAGACAUGGUGAUGAGGCCGAGAGAACGCUGGCAGCGCAGGCUCGGAAACAUAAUGUUCGCCCACCAACGCAGCAGGUUCCACCGGGUCAAUUCUCAGGAACGGGUACCGGUCCUUCUACUACCCCUGCCGCUAUACCAAAUGGCGAUGCUUCUCGUCCUGUGAGCACUGGUCCACAGACGCCUGAUCUUGGAAUGGGGAGGAGCAUGCCAAUUCCGAUGAAUUAUCAGAACGUCCCUCCUCCUCAGCAGGGCCGACCGGGGCCUCCUCCUCCUUCAUCCCUCAUCACUCCCCCGCCAGGCCUCCCUGCCCGUCCCCCGCCAUCUCAGGUUGGCUAUGGCGGCCCUCAAACCUUCCUCCCUCCGGGAUUCAAUGGCGCAGGUCAGCAACCAGCCUAUCCCACACAAGCGGCCGCACCACCGCCAGGGUUCGGCCCUCCUGGCUUUGCGCCUUCAGCAGGGGCCCCUGCGGUUCCGGGGGCGCCCCCUUCGUUACCUCCUGGGUUCCAGCAGCCAGGGUAUGGAACAGGUCGUUGA